AUGGCAUUUUUUCUCGCUUUGCGAAGUGCACACCUACCUUCAGCAGCGCGAAAUUGCGCUGCUUUGCGUUCCCUCUCAACAACUGCAGUUCGCUGCAACAGCCCCAACGAUCGAAAGCCAACCUUUCCGUUCGCAACUGGCCCUGCUCCUCCGCGUCUCGAUAAGGAGGAACAAGAAAUAUUUGAGAAGCUUCAGCAAAGCUCGGCGGGUGCUUUCAGCACACCCAAAGUCAACCAAGUCGACCAGGCAGAGAUCAAAGUCAAUGGGGAUGGCGAGGAGCUACAUCCCGAUGCGCCGAAGGGCUUGAAGCCGGAAUUUGAUGGCGAGAAGAACCCCAAGACUGGCGAGAUUGGGGGACCCAAGAACGAGCCACUUCGAUGGGGAUCUUCAGGCGACUGGAGCUACGGUGGACGAGUGACCGACUUCUAA